AUGUCUCGGAAAAACAUCUCCGACGCGGUCAGGCGGGGCUCGACGCCCGAGGCCCAUUUCGACUCGCUCGUCAAGGCCUUCUACUUGCCGGUGGCCGUUUUGGGGCUGGCGGCGGUGUUGUUUUUCCUCUCGAUCCUCACCACCGGCCGCGAUUUGCGGAGUGUUGAGCGAGAACUUGAAGUGACAAAUGAGGGUGGUGCAUUCGACGGGUCGAUGACGGGCGAAAAAAAUAGGGUUUUUGAUGAU